ACGCUAGAUGGUGCUGUGGGAUGUGUCGACUUCUUCUAAACGAUAUGUCAACAACACCGUUCGUUUUGGUCGCUUAUUUUAUCUUAUUUAAUGUUGCUAAGUGACUGUUGACGCCUCGUUCAAAACACGAUAAGCGUAAAAUGAUUACCUUGAUUUGCAUUCAUUUUGUGUGUGUCAAGCCCGCAGUCGUUUUGUGGAGGUGAGUGUGUUUCAGUUGCAGAAUGAUCUCGCAGGUCUUCAUCUUGUCAUCCAAAGGCGACCGCCUCGUCUAUAAAGAUUUCCGAGGAGAGAUCGGGAGUGAUGCCGUCGGCCUUUUUUAUGACAAAGUGACAGCAUUGACUGGAGACCAACCUCCUGUUGUCAUGACGCACAGAAGCAUCCACUUCGUGCACGUGUGGCAGGGAGGACUGUACCUGGUCGCCACCACCACCGCAGCAGACUCUUCUCCCUUCGCCGUCAUCGACUUCCUCAACAGGUUGGCUGCUCUCAUCAAAGAUUACUGUGGCGCUCUGUCGGAGAAGACGGUGCAGAUGAACUUCGCGCUCAUCUACGAACUUCUGGAUGAGAUGCUGGAUUACGGCUAUGUGCAGUCCACAUCCUGUGACGUCCUGAAGAACUUCAUCCAGACGGAGGCGCAGUCGUCACGACCCUUCAGCUUGUUGGACCUCGCCAAUGUGGGGCUGUUUGGAGCCGACACGCAGCAGAGCAAAGUGGCACCCAGUUCUGCUGCCACCAGGCCUUUGCAGGGAGGGAAAAGCGAGAUCUUUGUGGAUAUCGUAGAAAGGAUGUCUGUCGUCAUGAGCUCCAAUGGCAUGUCGAUGAAGGCGGAGGUGGAGGGUGAGGUCAAGGUCAAGUGUUUCCUACCUGGCUGCUCGGAGAUUCGCAUCGGCCUCAACGAGGACCUCAGCGUGGGCAGCUCGCAUCUUGCAGGUUACGGCGGGGCGGUCCGCGUGGACGAGUGCGCCUUCCACCCGGCGGUCCGACUGGACGACUUUGAGGCCCACCGCAUCCUGCGACUCAGCCCCAGCCAGGGAGAGCAAAGCGUCAUGCAGUACCGACUGGCCGACCGUCUGCCCUUAGCCCCGCCCUUCCGACUCUUUCCCACCAUUGAGAAAGACAACGCAGGAAGGCUGCUGAUGUUCUUCAAGCUACGCUGCAACUUGCCGCCCAAAAGCUCGGCGGUCAACGUGAGCGCCAGCGUCCGCGUACCCAAAGGCUGCAUCAGUUUGUCGCAGGAGCUCAGCAGUCCCGAUCAGAGCGCCGAGCUGCAGCCGCACAAACGAGCCGUCAUCUGGAAGAUUCCGCGCUUUCCCGGGGGCACGCAGCUGUCGGCCAGCUUCAAGCUGGACAUUCCCGGCCUAAGCUCCGCCUCCACAAUGGAGGUCGGUCCGGUGGGUAUGACCUUCGAGCUCCCCAAAGUGACGGCCAGCGGCCUCCACGUGCGCUUCCUGCGGCUGGCGCCCGCGCAACAUCGCGGACCCGCCCAGCGCUGGGUGCGCUACGUCACGCACUCUGACUCGUACGCCAUCCGCAUCUGA